CCGCGGCGCUGUCCACUCCGAGGCCCCCGCCCUCUCCAGCCGCCGCCUCACUCCGCCCCUAGGCCGGACUCUCGGGGCGCCCCCUCAGCCGCAGCCGGUGUGAGCGCGGGUGUCCGUGCGCCGACCUCGCCGCCACCACAGUCCAGCCGCGGGUCGCGCCGCGCCCGUCCCCGGAGCCCAGGCGGGAAGCCCAGGCUAAGUGCUUGCGCUUGCACGCGGGGAGCGCCCGGAGGCGGGGGUCGGCGGCCGCGGGGGCCCUAGGAGCAUGCCCGCGCAGCCCCACUGAUGGCGCCUUCUGUGAGACCCCAGGCGCGGCUGCGGCCGCCGGGGAUGCUGCUCCGCGCGCUCCUGCCCCUGCUGCUCUUCAGCUCCCUUCCAGGAGUGUGGUGCUUUAGCGAACUGUUUUUUAUGAAAGAACCACAGGAUGUAACUGUCGCUAGAAAGGACCCAGUCAUGUUAGAUUGCCAGGCUCACGGAGAAGUUCCCAUCAAGGUCACGUGGUUGAAAAAUGGAAUAAAACUGUCUGAAAAUAAACGGAUCCAAGUUCUUUCUAACGGCUCUUUAUACAUCAGUGAGGUGGAAGGCAGGCGCGGAGAGCAGUCCCACGAAGGAUAUUAUCAGUGCUUGGCGGUGAACAAAUAUGGAGCCAUUCUUAGUCAGAAAGCUCAUCUCACCUUAUCAACUAUUUCUGCAUUUGAGGUACAACCAGUUUCCACAGAAGUCCAGGAUGGAGGCGUUGCCAGAUUUGCCUGCAAGAUUUCCUCUAACCCUCCUGCUGUCAUAACAUGGGAAUUCAAUCGGACAGCUCUACCGAUGACUGUGGACAGGGUAACCACUCUGCCAACAGGUGUGCUACAGAUCUAUGAUGUUGGCCAGAGGGAUGCUGGCAGUUACCGUUGUGUCGCUGCAACUGUAGCCCACCGGCGUAAAAGUAUGGAGGCCUCCCUCGUCGUGAUCCCAGCCGAGGAGUCUAAACCCUUCCAUACACCAACGAUUAUAGCAGGCCCACAGAACAUGACUGUGUCUCUUCAUCAGACAGUUGUUUUGGAAUGCAUGGCCACAGGAAAUCCUAAGCCUAUCAUUUCUUGGAGCCGUCUUGAUCACAAAUCCAUUGAUGUCUUUAAUACCCGGGUGCUUGGAAAUGGUAAUCUCAUGAUUUCUGAUGUCAAACUGCAGCAUGCUGGAGUCUAUGUUUGUCGGGCCACAACUCCUGGCACACGCAACUUCACAGUUGCUAUGGCAACUUUAACUGUAUUAGCUCCUCCUUCAUUUGUUGAAUGGCCAGAGAGCCUAACGAGGCCUCGAGCUGGCACUGCUCGAUUUGUGUGUCAGGCAGAAGGAAUUCCCUCACCCAAAAUGUCAUGGUUGAAAAAUGGAAGAAAGAUCCAUUCAAAUGGUAGAAUUAAGAUGUACAACAGUAAACUGGUAAUUAACCAAAUAAUUCCUGAAGAUGAUGCGAUUUAUCAGUGCAUGGCUGAGAAUAGCCAGGGAUCUGUUUUAUCCAGAGCCAGACUGACUGUAGUAAUGUCAGAAGACCGACCCAGCGCUCCCUAUAAUGUACAUGCUGAAACCAUGUCGAGUUCAGCCAUCCUCUUAGCUUGGGAGAGGCCACUGUAUAAUUCAGACAAAGUCAUCGCUUACUCUGUGCACUACAUGAAAGCAGAAGGUUUAAAUAAUGAAGAAUAUCAAGUAGUCCUCGGAAAUGACACAACUGAUUAUAUUAUUGAUGACUUGGAACCUGCCAGCAAUUAUACUUUCUAUAUUGUGGCUUAUAUGCCAAUGGGAGCCAGCCAGAUGUCUGACCAUGUUACACAGAAUACUCUAGAGGAUGUUCCUCUGAGACCUCCUGAAAUCAGCUUGACAAGUCGAAGUCCCACCGAUAUUCUCAUCUCUUGGCUUCCAAUCCCAGCCAAAUACCGGCGAGGCCAAGUGGUGCUGUAUCGCCUGUCCUUCCGCCUAAGUACGGAGAGCUCCAUCCAAGUUCUGGAGCUCCCAGGGACCACACAUGAGUACCUUUUGGAAGGUUUGAAGCCUGACAGUGUCUACCUGGUCCGGAUUAGUGCAGCCACCAGAGUGGGGCUGGGAGAGUCAUCGGUGUGGACUUCACAUAGGACACCCAAAGCUACAAGUGUGAGAGCUCCCAGGUCUCCAGAGUUACAUUUGGAACCCUUAAAUUGUACCACCAUUUCUGUGAAGUGGCAGCGAGACGCUGAGGACACUGCAGCCAUCCAGGGCUACAAGCUGUACUACAAAGAAGAAGGCCAGCAGGAGAACGGACCCUUUUUCUUGGAUACCCGGGACCUUCUCUAUACUCUGAGUGGCUUGGACCCCAGAAGAAAAUACCACGUGAGGCUGCUGGCUUAUAACAACAUGGAGGAUGGCUACCAGGCCGACCAGACCGUCAGCACGCCGGGCUGCACGUCUGUCCGAGAUCGCAUGGUGCCGCCUCCACCGCCACCCCACCAUCUCUAUGCCAAGGCCAACGGCUCGUCCUCCAUCUUCCUGCACUGGAGGAGGCCUGCCUUCAGCACCGCCCAGGUCAUUAACUACACCAUCCGCUGUAACCCCGUGGGCCUGCAGAACGCAUCUCUGGUUGUGUACCUUCAGACGUCGGAAACUCACAUGUUGGUUCAAGGUUUAGAAUCAAACACCAAAUACGAAUUUGCUGUUCGACUGCAUGUGGAUCAGCUGUCCAGUCCUUGGAGCCCUGUAGUCUACCAUUCUACACUUCCAGAAGCACCAGCAGCCUCACCCGUGGGAGUGAAGAUGACACCCAUUGAAGAUGACACUGCUCUGGGUUCUUGGCAACCCCCUGAGGGCCCAGAGACGGUUGUGACACACUACACUAUCCUGUAUGCAUCCCAGAAGGCCUGGAUUGCAGAGGAAUGGCAGGUCCUUCACCAAGAAGUUUAUUCAGGCUAUUACCAUCUGGACCAGAAAUCAAUGACUGGCAUUGCUGUGGGUGUUGGCAUAGCCCUGACCUGCAUCCUGGUCUGUGUUCUCAUCUUGAUAUACCGAAGUAAAGCCAGAAAAUCAGCCUCUUCUAAGACAGCACAGAACGGACCCCAGCAGAUCCCUCGCACCAUUGCCUCUUCAGCGAGCAGGACUGACGUGACAAAGAACCAUGAAAGAGCUGCUGAAAAUGAAGACUCUUUACUGCCAAUGAUCAUGCCCAACGGCUUCCUUGAUGCCAAGGGAGGAACCGACCUGAUAAUUAACAGUUACGGUCCUAUAGUUAAAAGCAACUCUAAGAAAAAAUGGUUUCUCUUUCAAGACUCUAAGAAGAAAAAAGUUGAGCAGCCUCAAAGAAGAUUUACUCAAGCCGUCUGCUUUUACCAGCCAGGCACUACUGUGCUCAUUGGUGGUGAAGACUCUCCCAGCUCCCCACACCAAACAGCCAGCUUCCCAAGACCCUUUAGUGGGACGGUGGAUACUGAGCAUUCAGCAAAUAGUGAAGGUAGCCAUGAGACUGGGGAUUCUGGAAGGUUCUCCCAUGAGUCCAGUGAUGAAAUACACCUGUCGUCCGUCAUCAGUUCCACACCCCCAACCUCCAGUUCCCUCACUGGCAGUGAUUCUGGGGACAACCCAACAACGAGCAAGUGUGAAGACCCUGCAGUGCCAUCUGCUGCGGAGCCGACCCCAGCUUCCGUUGCGCAGCCUUCACCCGCCAUGCUAUGCUUUGACAAAGAUUGCCCCGUCUAGAGGCCCUCGCUCAGGGGUCUCAUCUUAAGUCUGUUCGAAGGACAAUGAACAGGAAGCCAAAAGCCUUUUGUGAAAACCUUCAAUGUCUUAUUGGGUAUUUCAGGCUUUUUUUGAAUGUUUUUUUUUUUAAGUUUGCAAUUUACGCUCUUUGAAUGUUUCAAUGUCAGCAAUGUGAAAGGACAGUCAAGAUAUUUGACUGGAUUAUAAAAUACGUCACUGGAGCAAAGGGAAGACUUGGGAGAGCCCCUUUGCUGAUGAUCUACCUCAGUUUGCCAGCCGGCAGACUCUGAAGAUGAACGUUACCUCAGUUGUUAUAGUUUAUGUCAGCUGCGUAGCCAAUGAUACUUCCUAGUAGCGUGUUGUUUUCAGUGCUGUGUGUGUCAUGUAUGUGAACAAAGGAGUCACAUAGGUAGGUGAGAAUGUUUAUCUGAAGCUCUGAUUUUUAAGAAACCAUGGCAUCGGUAGAGUGUGGGCAGUUUCACCGCUUCUUCUAUGAGGACUGUUCCACCACUGAGAAGAGAAAAAAGUUAUUUAUUUUAAUGAA